AUGAAGAAUGACAAGUGCAUCACGGAUCAUCGAUCAAAACCGGUUGGAAUCGUGAAACCAACUAUUUGCCACUACAAGGAAGCUGGUGUUCGACGUGAUGUUCAGGCUGAUAUUAGGAUUUUUAACAACUCAGUGCCACUUAGGGACCCAAACCUCAUUUGUCAGUUUUGCCAGUCACCGUUAAUAAAUUUUCAAAUAUGUCCGACGGCAACACCAUUUAUAACAACAUCGGCAUCAGUGGUUAACCAAACAACAACACCAACUACACCAACAAGGUUAGUGACUGUGGUGCCCCAAACAGAAGAACAGUCAUCAACGCCACAACAUCGGUUGCAUACGAAUUUAAACAACGUGUACAAAUCUAGCGACACGUUAGUAUUAACUUCUCUCGAGGAAACUUCAAUAAAUUUUUCAUUACCAUUAUGCGAACCUCUUUUGUCGGCUCUGAAAUUUGAUCAGAAUUUUAGAAAGAAUCUUCUACAGAUGUUUGAACCUUUUUUACUUGUUCAUUGCCUUCCAACCACUGAAAAUGUAAAAGAACACCUGAUAUUUGAUUUAUCUAAUCGGCGCGUUGAUCUAUGUGCAGUUAUUUUUCUGGAUUAUGGAAAGGUUAUUCAAAUCUGUUACCCAUACUAUCAUGAAAAGAUGACUGCAGAAGAGUCUAAACAAGUUUUAAAAAGUAAAAACAGAUAUUCAUUUAUUUUGAGAAAAAGUUCUGAUUCAAAAAAUUUCAUAUACACACUUAGUCUGAAAACAAAAAAUGGAGUUACUUCUGUACGAAUUGUACGAAUUAUCGGCGCCAGCAAAUAUACUGAUUGUAGUUCAUUCACGCAAUCGACUUUAAAACCAUUACAUUCCAGUAAAUACUGCGUAUCGAGCGGUUAUUGGACUGACUGUAUCCACUGUACCAGUCAAUCUAAAUCCAGAUUAACUUCAUUAGACAAUAAUUGUUGUUCAUGCAGAAAUGAAGUAAUAUUUUCCGGAGACUCCUUGCAACAAGUGAGACUGGAUUGUGAUGAUGCCGGACUUGAACGCAUGCCGGUCUUCAAGUCCGUUUGUCACUUGGUGAAGACAUUUCAAACUACAAACGAAAUGUGUGAUCCAAAACCACAUCAGCAUUCACGCGUCACCAAUCCCCGGUUUCAUGCGGUUGAGACACGCAGCCACAACCUAUUGCAGUCGUUGAACAGGGACGAAAACUUGAACGCGUUGACUGUUUCGGAUGACGGCAUAGAAUGCCCUUCCAGUAAACGACAUCCACGAUACAAAGUGGUUUUGGAAAGUCAUAACAAAUCAAACAUCGACCUGCAUUUAAACAAACCAGUCAUCGGACGAGUUAUUUCUUUGCAAUUGCUCUCAUUUGGCAUCUUUGUUACACGAGAAGAUGCCAUGCCAAUCAUUGAGUCCUUGUUUCGUAUGCCAACCUGCCGAUCAUGA